UCACUCGAAGUCUUGUAAACCCCAAACCCUAGGGAUUAAAAAGUAAACCACAUCAAAUCAUAUAUAAAAGAACACAAAACCCUACUUUCAUUUUUCUGUUUCAGACGGCGGCGAAACCAGACGGCAACAAUGACAACCCGAUUCAAGAAGAACAGGAAGAAGCGUGGCCAUGUCAGCGCCGGACACGGUCGUAUCGGAAAGCACAGAAAGCAUCCCGGAGGUCGUGGUAAUGCCGGAGGCAUGCAUCACCACCGUAUCCUGUUCGACAAGUACCAUCCAGGUUACUUCGGUAAAGUCGGUAUGCGGUACUUCCACAAGCUUCGCAACAAGUUCUACUCCCCGAUCGUGAAUAUCGACAAGCUUUGGUCGUUGAUUCCUGAGGAUGUGAAGGAAAAGGCUGCGAAAUCGAAGGGCACUGCACCUGUUAUUGAUGUUACGCAACACGGUUUCUUCAAGGUUCUUGGUAAGGGUGUUUUGCCUAUUAAUCAGCCUAUUGUUGUUAAGGCGAAGCUUAUUUCGAAGAUUGCGGAGAAGAAGAUUAAGGAAGCUGGUGGCGCUGUUGUUCUUACUGCCUAGGUUUUUGUUUUGUUGUUUUUUGAAAUUUCAGUAUUUUGAUUAAAUACAUUUGAUUUUGUUUUUGGUUAAAUUUUGGAUGAUUACAUGUUUCUUGGUUAUAAUUAUAUUAUAUGCUUUCUGAUA